GUGGAAAAUAGGAAAAGAUGAUAAAAGUGUAUAGGAAACAUAUUUAGAAAAUCACCAAAGACCGAAGAAUACAUUGCUUGAGGAAUUGAAAGCAGACAUGAAAAAAUGAUUAGCAACUGGAAUGGACUGUCCUUCACAGAGUUGGAUGGAAAAUGCUAGUGGACAAACCAUGCUCUUUUACGAGGGGUAACAGGCGUAAGAUAAGAUUUCUCAAUAAAUAUAGAAUAAAGAUUGGAUAAUUUAUAUGGUGGAUUUUAUAUGCGUGGGAGUCGAUUCUUAUAGUCGUCAUAUUUGAGUGGGUUAGUUAAUUUUCUCUAAUAACAUGAGUUAAAAUGUAUUUUAUAGACUAUUGAAAGAUGUAAACAUAUACACACGCACACACACACACAUGCACAAAUCAAGAAACCCUGUUCAAGUGAUUUUAUAAAAUCAUAUUUACCAAUAUCUUAAUGGAAAUUAUUUUACAGGGAUUUGCAUACGUAUAUAUAUGUAUAUUCUUGUAACUUGAUUGUACUUAUUUUCUUUACACAAAAUCAACUUAAAUGUUAUUAUUGAAUGCUUAUUAAUCCAUUAGUCAAUUAUCAGUAUUAUUAUUAUUAUUCUCUUAUACUCUAUGCUAUUAAACAAUUUAAUUAUUUAAUUAUUAAACAAUUAGUUAAUUAUUGGAACAAAUUGACUUCUAAUAUUGAAUUGUUCAAUAAUAUUUAAUUUCAUUUGUCAUGGACAAAACGUAAUAUUUCAAUGGAUCGUUUAAAUUCAUCUAUGAAAUAUAUACGCGUAAAUUUUGAAAAUUUAUCAUUGAAAUCAACUGAAAGCGCUUACAUCAAAUGUGAUCAAAUGAAUUCUUAUAAUAAUAAUAAUAAUAACAUUGAAAAGGUUGAAAUUAUGAAAAUUUUAAAAAACCCUUUAACACAUAAUAUUAGUGAUUAUUAUAUAGAAGCAACUAAAAAGAAACAUUAUCUAUUAUUAAAUAAAACUAUACAAAUUCUAAUUAUAAUAAUCUUAUUUAAUUAUUCAAUAGUUUACGUGAAUAAUAAUCUUUGCAUAGAUGCUAUGCAUUUACAUAAUACUAUUUUAUCACCAUUAACGGAAACGUCAACAGAUUCAGAGACAAUAUUAGAAUCAGAUUCAUCUACAUUACCUACAUAUUUAAUUGAUUCACCUGUAGUCAAAUUAAUUAAAACUCCAAAAACUACACAACGAUCUUAUUUAGAUAAUGGAUUACAAUUAGAAAAUAAAGUAAUGCAAAGAAUAUCAUCAAUAUUUCAAGAUAAAAAGGCUAUACAAGAUUUGUUGACAGAAAUGAAUGCAUAUUAUUUAACUUAUGGGAGACCAAGAUACGGAUAAAUGAAGUUGAAAAUUAUGAUGAUUAAGAAAAUACAAAAUGAAUUUGUCAAGAAUAUAUCUACAAUGUAUCAGCGAAAUUUUUCAAGAAAUAUACAUAUUGAAAUAAAAUGAUAAUAUUAAGCAA